AUGUUAGAGGAAGUAACGUACAUCACACCUGGUCAAUUCAACGAGUCGUCUACCAAGCUUCGUCUUAUUAGUGUUGCUUCACACUAUGACGAUUUUCCAGCAGAAAAAAUAUUAAACCUGAAGGAUAUCAUAGAAAACACAUUUUCAAAAGAUUUCGGUUUCGUCCAGAAAUUGAUGUUUCAUUAUGCAAAUACAACUGUGUUUCAUAAAAAUGUACAAAGUCUACUGCAAGAUCCGAUGGAGCGGUUCGAUGCUGUCAUUGCAGAGUACAUGUUCAGUGGACUUUAUUCGGGGUUUUCAUCAGUGUUCAAUUGUCCAUUAAUAUGGUCGGUUCCAAUGCAACCACAUAAUACAUAUAUUGCUCUCAUAGAUGCAAUGCAGAAUCCUGCAUAUACCUACAAUUAUUGGUCACACGUGGAUCCCCCAUUUUCUUUUAAAGAACGAGUGACUGAAUUGUAUAGAACUAUGUUAAACUCUUAUUACAUAUGGUAUUUUUCUGGAAUAGAAAAUGAAUCAUUUAUUAAAGCCUUUGCUUCGGCUGCGAUGAAGAGAGGAAAUGUUUUACCGCCUUACAAUGAAGUGAAAUAUAAUGCUUCACUUGUAUUAGGUAACUCUGAUGUACCAUCUGGGCAUGCUAUGCGGUUACCAGCAGCCUACAAACAUAUAGCUGGGUAUCAUAUUAUUGAUAUUCCACCACUUUCUGAAAAUCUACAAGAAAUAAUGGAUAGUGCGCAAGAUGGUGUCAUAUAUUUUAGCAUGGGAUCUAUAUUCAGGAGCAAAGAUUUACCGAAUAAUAUGAAGAGAGAACUGCUAAAAGUCUUCGCUAGUCUAAAGCAGACGGUUAUUUGGAAAUUUGAAGAGCCUUUACCCAAUUUGCCAAAGAACGUUCAUGUUAUGGAUUGGGCUCCACAGAAGAGUAUCCUGGCUCAUCAGAAUUGCAUGCUUUUCAUUACACAUGGAGGGGUGUGUUCCGUCAUUGAAGCUAUACAUUACGCUGUUCCCAUUAUUGGUUUACCAGCAUACAUUGACCAGUUUAUGAAUAUUAACCGGGCUGUGAAAAAGGGAUUUGGGAAGAGAGUGGACUUGGACAGCGAAAUGCCUAAGAACCUGAAACAAUCUAUCGAAGAUGUGUUAGAAAACUCAAGAUAUAAGGAAAAAGUGAAGGAGUACUCGAUGAUAUACCAUCACCGGCUGGUGUCUCCAAGUCAAGAGUUGGUGUACUGGGUGGAGCACGUAGUGUAUACGCAGGGAGCUCCUCAUCUACGCUCGACAGUUCAACACGUGCCUUUCUACCAGAAGUUGCAUUUAGACCUUAUAGUAGUAACGAGCAUAGUUAUGUUAGCCUCAAUGAAACUUCUACGUCAUUUAUUCGUUUUAGUAAUGAAACAUUUAAAUAUAAAAAGGAAAAUAGAAUGAUAAAUAUUGUAUGUAUAGAAACAAUUAGAUUUAAACCUAAGAACAUUUAUUUUCAUUUUACAACAUGACCGUAAAGCAAUAUUACAGCUGAUUUUUUAGAAGCGUUUAAACAAAAACACUACCUUUAUGAAACAACACUAGUAGCAGCUAGACGAAUACUUAAGGAUUUAUUAGCUUAUUU